AUGUCUCAACAAUCAACUGUAAACACUUUAAGGCCUGUUUACAAUUUGGUUGAAUUAGAAUUAGACAAUUAUGAAGAAAAUGAGCUAGUCCUUGAUACUAUUUACGAUUUAAAAUUAUUUUUGAAAAUCCUGAUAAUUGUACUUGCUAUCGAACUCCAAAACAAAAAGACCUUAGAACUUAAUCAACGAUUACUUACUUUCUACUUACAAAAUCAUUUACAAAUAAAUGGAUUAACCGAACACGUUCAUGGUAAUACCGGUCAUGCAUCUAAAACAGAAUCAAGAGUUUUUUUAGAUUUUAAUAUAAUAUCCACAGUUAAACAAUUUUUAAUACAAUACGGAAUAAUUCAUGGACUCUCUUCUCCAUUACGGCAUCACGACGAUUCUGGCGUUUUUAUUUACCUUCCAACUAGUCAAUCUUAUACUUCAGUUUAUACUGAAUAUAAAAAAGUUUUUUAUCUUAUACACGAUCAAUCUGAAAAAAUAAUUUCUUAUUCUACUUUUAAAAGAUUAUGGCGUGAAAUGGUUCCAAAUCUUCGAUUUCAACCACCUGCAAGCGAUCUUUGUGAAAUUUGCACUUUAUUUAAAGCCAACUUAUUAGCUGCAAAAAAAGAUAUUGACGAAUAUAAUAAAGUUCAA